CGGAAACGGAUCAGACCCCGGUGAUCAGCUGCGACCAUGCCGACUGUCAGCGUGAAGAGAGAUCUGCUCUUUGAAGCCCUUGGACAAAACUACACUGAUGAAGAGUUUGAUGAACUGUGUUUUGAGUUUGGCCUCGAGCUCGAUGAAAUCACAUCAGAGAAGGACAUCAUAAGCCGUGAACAGGGCGAUCAGAAGGCAGAGGGGGCGUCUGAUGUGGUGCUGUAUAAGAUCGACGUUCCAGCCAACCGAUAUGAUCUACUGUGUCUCGAGGGACUCGUCAGGGGUCUGCAGGUCUUCAAAGAAAAGGUGGGAGCUCCACGAUACAAGCAUGUGAGCCCUGUGAAUGGAGCAGAGCCUCAGCGGCUGAUCAUAACUGAGGAGACGGCGUCUGUGAGGCCACACGCGGUAGCAGCUGUCCUGCGCAACAUCACUUUCACCAAGGAACGAUACGAGAGCUUCAUAGAGCUGCAGGAGAAGUUGCACCAGAACAUCUGCAGGAAAAGAACUCUGGUUGCCAUAGGAACUCAUGAUUUGGACACCAUCUCUGGUCCAUUCACCUACACAGCCAAAUCGCCUGGAGAUAUCCGCUUCAAACCGCUCAAUCAGAGCAAAGAAUACACCGCCACUGAACUCAUGAGUUUUUAUAAGACUGACAGUCAUCUGAGACACUACCUGCAUAUAAUUGAGAAUGAACCUCUCUACCCCAUCAUAUACGACAGCAACGGUGUCGUCCUGUCUAUGCCUCCUAUCAUCAACGGGGACCACAGCAAAAUCUCAUUAAACACAAAGAACAUAUUCAUUGAGUGCACAGCCACAGAUCUCACAAAGGCAAAGAUUGUGCUGGACAUGAUGGUGACCAUGUUCAGUGAAUACUGCGAGGAGCCGUUCACGGCAGAAGAAGCAGAGGUCGUUUACCCUGAUGGCAGAUCAUUUGUGUAUCCUGAGCUGGCGUACAGGAUGGAGACACUCUCUGGGGAUUUUAUCAAUAAAAAAGUCGGGAUCAACGAAUCAGCAGAAAGUAUAGCUCAGCUGCUGACGCGGAUGUGUUUGAGGUCAGAGGUCAGCGGUGAGGGCGAUCAGAUCCAGGUGGAGAUCCCGCCCACACGCUCUGAUGUCAUCCACGCUUGUGACAUCAUGGAGGAUGCUGCCAUGGCCUAUGGCUUUAACAAUAUUGUCAGGACCACGCCCCGCACUUACACCGUAGCCAAUCAGCUCCCCCUAAAUAAACUGACAGAGUUACUGAGGCAAGACCUCGCAGCCGCUGGAUUCACUGAAGCCCUGACAUUCGCUCUGUGCUCACAAGAAGAUAUUGCUGAUAAACUUGGGAAAAACAUAGCAGAAACCAGAGCAGUGCACAUCUCCAACCCAAAGACUGCAGAGUUUGAGGUGGCACGCACCUCUCUUCUACCAGGUCUCUUGAAAACACUCGCUGCUAACAGGAAGAUGCCCCUUCCUCUCAAACUGUUCGAGAUUUCAGACGUCGUCCUCAAGGACGAAACUAGAGAUGUAGGGGCACGUAAUAACAGGCGUCUUUGCGCCGUGUACUACAACAAGAGUCCAGGGUUUGAAGUCAUUCAUGGUCUUCUGGACCGGGUCAUGCAACUGCUGGAUGUCAAACCAGGCCGUAACCAAGGAUACCACAUCCAGGCGGCCGAGGACUCCACCUUCUUCCCGGGUCGCUGCGCCGAGAUCAUUUCACAUGGUAAAAGCAUCGGACACCUCGGGGUCCUUCACCCUGACGUCAUCAGUCGUUUUGAGCUGACCAUGCCCUGCUCCGCCAUCGAUGUCGACAUUGAACCCUUCCUGUGAUGUCAUAAUAAAGUCUUAGGUCCUCCCUCAAAAGCUGAAUCCACUCCUUAUUGACCACAUGCAUAUUUGGGGUGGCGAGGUCACAACAGCAUGGAAAUAGUCGAGUAUUUUGUUCUGAAAAUGAAGUCGCUGUUUUAUUAAAGCUUGACUUGUCCACUGCGAGUACAUGUUAUUCAUAUAUUAAACAUUAUGGCCGUAUGUUUGUGUCCCGCACAUGGAUACAUUUUACAAUGUAGAAGUGAAUAAAUAUUAUUUAAAAAAU